GCGUCGCGCCUCUCCCUUGUUUUCUUUCCCUUCCUUUCCCACAAUGUCAACAAGCAGCGUCCCCAAAUUCACUCCUGGUGAAGCUGUGACGGAGAAAGAUGGGUUGAUUCACGGUGUUUCUGCGCAGGAGUUGCAGGUGUUGGGCGAGCGAUGCUUUGAGGCAAAGGUCAAGGCUUACUGCCCAUACUCCCUCUUCCGCGUUGGCGCCUCGCUCCUCCUCAACACCGCAACAUCCACGAAUGUCACGGCAGACGAACACACCAUCAUCGGCGCAAAUGUAGAAAACGCAGCAUACCCCGUCGGAACCUGCGCUGAGCGCGUCGCAAUGGGUACAGCUGUUGUGGCGGGCCACCAAAUCGGGUCGUUCAAGGCCGUAGGCGUGACGACGGAUAUCGACGAUUUCUGCUCGCCGUGUGGCAUGUGCAGACAGUUUCUGAGGGAGUUUCUGAAGCUGGAAACACCUAUUUUCAUGUUCAAUAAGGAGGGCAAGUGGAUUGUGAGGACAAUGGGGGAGCUGUUGCCGCUGAGCUUUGGGCCGGACGUUUUGCCGCCCAGGGAGGAGAUGAGGAAGACUCAGGAGGAGGAUAAGGCGAAGACUGCGUAGGAGGUUUUGGUUGCGAUAGCAUAGCGAGGGCGUUGGGUAGGGGUGAAUCUACGGGGCGUUGGUGGGAGGUGCGGAUAUAGGUGCAUGACAAAGGUGCUAGAUUAGAUGGUAAACCCUACCGGAGAGCUUCAAUGCUGUAGAAAUUAUACACUACACAUCCAAA